CAACACCAACGGACACUGACAUUCAACUCAACUACACGACCCCCCCUCUCCCGGCACGCACAGUAUUGAAGUGACUGUUUGAUCUCUAUACAACAAAUUUGGACAAUCAGAUAUAUACAACAGUCCGAGAUUUCCACCAUGCUACUCGACGAGGACCCCGCUGCGCUCAUCUCACAAUGCACGAAGAACUUCAAAUACGAUAAAGACCGUGACUGCCUGUUACGGAUAUCUGACUCCCUUUCCACUCUAUCGCAGUUCCGGCACCAGCACCUCUCAUCACUGCAAUCUACCCUCACCAAACUCAACCGCACGCACCAAACACUUUCAUCGCAACACAACCACACGCUAUCCCAACACAAUCCCACCACACAUGCGAGCGAGAUCCUGCGUUUAGACACAGAGAAGUUCAAGAUUGCGAAGCAGGCCAGCGAUCUGGAGAUCGAGGGCGAACGCCUUCAGAGCGAAUUGGAACGACUAGGUGGUAUUCUAGGUGAUCUGGAGGAGGAGGGAAUCGAAGGAGGCGAGAGAGAAAAGCCUGCCAACGAGGACGCUACUGUGUUGAAGCUCAAGGUGUACCGCUCUCUUGGAAUCGACGUAGAGGCUGAUCCUACUUCGGGCAUCUACAACAAAGCCGUCAUCCGGAACACGGCUAAGGGCGAUGUUCACGUCGUAACGAUCGAUCCCAAAUUUUCGCGAAAUUUCUACACAAAUUACUUCUGGCGGACCAUGUAGAUUAUGCUUUGGGUGGGUCUUUGGCGUAUUAGGAGUCACAGUUCAGUGAGACUGUCAGAUGUUCAUGUAUACAUGUUUUUUUAUGAAUGAUACCUUAACUGUUGCUUUCUACCCUUAGGCGUCUUGGGCUAAAAGGCAUAGGUUGUUUGGAGGUCAACGGUGUGGUAUUAGCCCUUAUAGUAGUUACAGAGUGAACGCAGACUUCUUUUGUCCUGAUC